UAUUACACACUUCCGCAAUGGAUGUGGAAAGCUCCGAAAGUCCUGCGGAGGAAAAAGAUCUUACAAGUUGGAUUUACAACGAAGAGAACUUGGAGAAGCUUAUCGAGAACAUCCAAUGCGAGUGGACGGAGUUCAGUGUGAAGAGCACUAUGAUACGAAAUGUUAUCCAACAACUGGAGCUCCUCUUGGGAAAAAACUACCACACAAAAGAACGUGUGACAGCGCAGGUCAUCCUGUUACAGGACUCUGUCAAACCGCGUCAAUAUCAGCCUCUCCUAGAGCGAAAACGCUGUGAGAGCCUGGAGAAUCGCAUAGAGCACUUUGUGAAAAAGCAAAGACUGAUAGUCAAGGAUGAAAGCUGAAUCAUUAUACCUAAGUCACAAAGAAUUACAAUAUAUGUGCACCAAAUUUGUUUUUUUAAAUUAGGAAAUUACGAAAGAUGAUUUAUAUCGAAAUUUGAA